UCGUGCGGUUCGGAUGUUGCUUGAAUAUGGCGAGCAAAGACGCUGGUCCGCGGGAUGAGUCAGAGCUAGAAAGUGCAUGGGAUUUGCUAGACAACGAUAGUGACAUCGGCUCGGAUGGAGCGGAAGAAGCCGAAGAGGGUGCUGUAAUCAGUGACGAUGGCGAGGGAGAAAGCCCGGAAAAAGAUGGGAAUGCUGACGCAAUGGUCGCGGAAGAGCACACCGGGAACGAUGGUGAAGCUGUGGAAGAGUCGAAGACGUCGAAGGAAAAAAAGAAGAAAAAAGGCAAAGCCGCCCGGGUGGUAAAGGGAUUCAAGAAGUUUGUCGGAGGUGUGUUCCGACCGAGCGGUUCCAAGUUGAAGUGGGAUGUGGACGCCAAUGUGAGCCUGAGAGCAACGUAUGAUUCUAAUGGAGCAGACUCCAGCGCAGAACCAGUGCCCAAGAAGGAACCGAUUGUUGCCCCCCCGAAAAAACCACCGGCCGAUCGAUCGCCAAGAAAAAGUCAAAAACCAGUUGCCCGCCCCAAAAAACCCCCGGACGAGGAGGAUGGAGAAAUAGCCGGGCCUUCAAUGUCGGUUGAGGACGCGAGACUAGCCGCUUUGACUGCAGAAAACGAGGAGCUGAGGCAGAGGUACCGCAUAUUAUUGAAUAUGCAAGAGAACUACCAGCGAACCCACGAGCCGAUUUGCUUCUGUGCUUUCUACUCACACCUGUUAAGCAAUUUGAUAUAUGGAUUAGGAGACUGAAGCAUUACGAUCAUUUACCAAUGUGUUUCAAGCACUGCCAUCAUAAAAUACAAAUUAAACUCAUCCAGGA